UUUCCUCUCCCCUCUAAUCGCAAGAAUGGAAGCCGUUCAGACUUUCGGUCGCAAGAAAACUGCCACGGCUGUUGCUCACUGCAAGAAAGGACGUGGUCUCAUCCGCGUCAAUGGCUCUCCCCUUGAGCUUCUCGAACCCGAGAUCUUGAAAUUCAAGGUCUACGAAGUCGUCCUUCUUCUCGGUGAGGAACGUUUCGCCAACAUCGAUAUCCGUCUCCGUGUCCAGGGUGGUGGUCACACCUCCCAGGUUUACGCCAUCCGUCAAGCUCUUGCCAAGGCCGUCGUUGCUUUCUACCAAAAGUUCGUCGACGAAGCCGCCAAGAAGGAAAUCAAGGAAAUUCUCGUCCAAUAUGAUCGUACUCUUCUUGUCGCCGAUCCCCGUCGUUGUGAACCCAAGAAGUUUGCUGGUCCUGGUGCCCGUGCACGUUACCAAAAGUCUUACCGUUAAGAAAUUCUGCUGCUGUAAUAAACUAU